UUAGAAAAGGAAGAGGGAGGAGGGCGACAGAUAUCUUGAGGCGCGGCGGGUUUUUAGCCGUGUCCUGGAUUUGACAAGUUGGGCUGAAGAGCUUGUUCCUGCACUGUACAAUAAAGGAAAUUCAAUUGGUUUUAGGUUUUAAUAAUGGCAGUAAACGUUUAUUCUACAUCUGUGACCAGUGACAACCUAAGCCGGCAUGAUAUGUUGGCUUGGAUUAAUGAUUCUCUUCAAUUGAGCUACACAAAAAUUGAACAGCUGUGCUCUGGAGCAGCAUAUUGCCAGUUUAUGGACAUGCUUUUCCCCGGUUGUGUUGGAUUGAAGAAGGUAAAAUUUCAAGCCAAACUGGAACAUGAAUAUAUUCACAAUUUCAAGCUUUUACAAGCAGCUUUCAAGAGAAUGGGUGUUGACAAAAUUAUCCCUGUUGAUAAACUAGUGAAAGGGAAGUUUCAAGAUAAUUUUGAGUUUGUUCAGUGGUUCAAGAAGUUCUUUGAUGCAAACUAUGAUGGUAAAGAUUAUGAUCCAAUACUUGCUCGGCAAGGUCAGGAUGCAGGCCCACCACCUAAUCACGGUGACCAGGUUUUGAACAAAACCAAGAAAACGCUCAGUACUGGAAGCACAGAUGACAGUCCAAAUGCUACCAUCAGAGAAGAGCCUCUGAAACCAAGUGCCUUUGUAACAAAUUUAACAAGAAAAAUUGUAACUCAAAAGGUUUAUCCAACACCAAAAGUUUCAGCUACUCCAAAACCUGUGUCAGCUGCACCAAAAAGGCCUGCAAUGGUGGGGAAUGGUGAUGCACAAGUUGCAGAGUUAGCUCAACAGAUCAAUGUACUAAAAAUUACAGUGGAAGAUCUUGAAAAAGAAAGAGACUUUUAUUUUGGCAAACUGAGAAAUAUUGAGUUAAUCUGCCAAGAAAAUGAACAAGAUAAUGAUCCAGUGAUCCAGCGAAUUGUGGAGAUUUUGUAUGCAACUGAUGAGGGAUUUGCUGUACCAGAUGUAGCAGAUGAACAGCCAGAAGAACAGGAAGAAUAUUAAACUUGGAUGCAGCAUACCUAUGGUUGGAAUAUCCUGCCAAAAAUCAUGUGUGCGUGUGCACAUCCACAGAGGAAAAGACAUUCUUAUUUUCUGUAAAGUCAAAAGAGCUUUGUUUGUAAUUUUGUUAGUGUAAGCAAAAUUAAAAUGUACCUCCUUUCUAAAUAAGUGCACUUUGCAGAAGUUUCAGUCCACAUUGAGCAAUGACUGCUUCUACACUUCACAUCUUGAGCAGUAUUUGCAGGUGUGGAAUGGAUAUUCUUGAAGAUCCUGCAGAGUACCAUUAUAACAUCUUGAUUUUUUUUUGCCAUCACCAAAAGCAGACCUGCUCUUGACAGUGUUAAAAGAGGUUGAUGAUAGAAUGAUCACUGCAUGAUGACUGAAAAUUGCACUGUAAUGGAAAGUGUAUAGAAUGGUUCAGAUCUUUAUACAUUAUCAGUUAUGUUAAUAGUUAUAGUGUGUUCCAAACUAUGUUGUGUGUACGUGGCAAGCCAGUUCAAUUGAUGUGCAAGAAAUAAGUUGGCAAUUAAAUGCCGUGCAUGAAUUUUGUAUGGUGAAAUUGACGUUGGAUCAACUGCAGGAAAUUGCUGUGGUGCUAAAAGUUCCCACCACCAAUUGUGGUUGUACUACAGCAGUAAAGUAUUUCCUGAAUUCUUCUGUGGCCUUUUAUUCCUUUUGCUGCCCUAAGACUUCAGUAUGCUGUAAGAAAAAUCAAACUUGGUCUUAAAAUUACAGGGUGUUUUUCUACUCAGAUCAAUUUCUAAUAACAAUAAAGUUUGAUAUUUCAACAAAAUUGUCUGUUGGAAAUGUUGGUACAUUUAUAAUCUUUUUUAAAUAUUCUGAUUACUUAGAACAUUUCUAAAGAAUAGUUUAUUGCUAAUUUAAUUCAAUUGGUUGUAAUAUUUAAAGCUACAUUUGUUCUGAUUAAGAUUUUUAGUUUAUUCAGUAUCAAGGAUUAGAACAAGAAAGGAGGUUAAUUAGGCAACAUUAUGGAAAUUUCUCUCUGCCGCUUUAUUUCUUUCCUAGUUGGAAAUGUGUCCUUUUUAUUUAGUGUUACCAAUCAAAUGCCCAUCUUUUGUAUAUUGAAAACUAUUAAAAAAAAUAAUUUAAGAUGUAUUUUGUCAUUUACUUACCACAUUUUUGUGGUUUCACUUGCAAUGAUUUUAAAACAUGGUUUUUCUCUUGUUACUCUUUAGUUAUGUCAUACUUUAGGUGGUCAAAGAAACUAAGAAAAAUUUUUUUAAAAGUCCUUGGCUCCUUGUCAUGGUUUGGGAUGGUGAGUAAAUGGACUGUCACUGAAAAUAUUCCCUUGUCUGGAAUUCUGAGGGUAACAAGUCAUGCUUGGACACUGUCCAUUACAAGAACGCCCAACCAUUUGGUUGACUAUUCCUCACACAGAAUUUGUUGCUAAAUGAACAACCUGCUUGAUAAUGGAACAUUGUUUAUUUGUUGUUUGUAGACUGCUCUGUUCAAUUUUUUAAAAAUUUCUGAUACUGAAGGCGUAGCUUUUUCAAGGCAUGGCUGACAUAAAGCUGUCUUAUUGUACUGAUUAAUGGCAGCAUUAAGAAUUAUGUGAAAUACCUUCCAACCUUCCCAAUAACUUGUACAGGUGUGUAAAAACAAUCUGAAUAAGCUCAUCCAUAAAACCCAAGAAAGAAUAUGAUGUUAAUUUUUUAGCUUGUGGUUUGAUUUUUAACUUCUAUAUUAUCAGUAUCAUGUGGGUCUCAAAUCUUAUAGGGAGCGAGGAAGUUAAAAUGUGAAUUAAGUAUCUGAGGGUAAUAAGCAGUCUUCUGAUUAUAUAAUAUUAUAUAAUAUAGGCAUCAGGAUCACUUACUCCAGCAACUGUGUGGCAAUUUUCAGUGUUUUUUAAAUCGUCCCGUUCAAUAGCUACAGAUACUGAGUUAAAGGCCACAUUUUCAACCUUUAAUUAAACUGCUGUUGUGAAAUUUCACCUUAUCCUUGCAAACUGAAUUGCUACCUGCCAAGUCUCAAAAAGCAACUGACAUCAGCUCAAAGUUCCUAUUGUCGACUUUUUUUUAAACCAUCUCUUGUCAGCUUCUAUACAUGGAUUGUCAUUUGCUACUUAAUGUGAUGUUGUAGAGUAAUAGGUCAUAUCUUUUGAUUUAUGAAUUGCAUGUUUAAGAUGGUUUGUGUAGAUAUUCCAGCAUUGAAAUAAUUCCACAGAGAAUUCCCCCAAGCCUGUUUAACCAAGGAAUUUUGGAUAUAAGAAAUACCACAUGUUCUGGGUGUUUGUAUAAAUAUUUUCCUAAUUUCAUUCUAAAAUAAAUCUAAUAGCUGAAAUGUAUCACUUGGGUUAUUUACUGAACUUCCAAUUGAGAAGUGAAACUCUAGCUCCAGUUACAUGUGAUAUUUCAACAUAUUGGUCCAUUUUGUGCUUUGAACAUUAGGGAAAAAUUUUAACAAUUUUAAUGCAGCUGUUAAAGACUUCCAGUAGCCUUAGUGGGACUUGGGAAGUGUUAAAUUUUACGAUAUUGGAAACGGCUGAAAUACUAAGUGACAAACAUUUUGCAGAGGUGUUGUAUGGAAUAUGAUUUGGAUGAAUGCCAAAUUAAUGAAAUCUAAAGGUUUACUGAUCUGCUAUUUGUUUUUGGAAUUGAAUCAUCUGUCAGAAUCUCAAACUGCCUGCUGUUAUCUGAAAGUUAUAGCCUAUAGGGUGGGUGUGAGGAUAGACAAGUGAUUGGAUUUUAAACAUAGCAAGUUAGAAGUUCAAAUUCCAUCACCAGGAAUUAAGCCUUUUCAGAAUAAGUUGAUUAUUAUUAACAAUGACUGUAUAACAAAUGAUAGCUUUAAAAUUCCAUCUGCUUCAUUAAAAGUCUAUUAACAUUCACCUCAAAUGCUCUUAAAUAACCACUUUAUUGUACUAUAACUGCUACAUUGAAGAUGAUAAAUAAAACUGAUAAAUUCCUCACAUUGAGAGGAAACCAAUAUAAGAUAUAAUUGUUGCCAAAUUUACUGUGACAAAUGGAUCUGUGUAUGAUAGGAGUGCAGUGCCUCGUGUACAAAAACAAAUUAUAUUGGGGACGGUCUCUCAACAAAUGAUCAGAUAAAAGCCUUAUAGUUGUACCACUUCUAGUAAUGGGUAGUAGGGCAAGGCUAUAAAACUAUUCUCACUCUCAGUGGUGCUGGCACCUAGUACAUCAGUGCUAAAGACAUGGCAAUCAUGUUUGGCUGAAAAUGCAGAGCGGCAAUACCUUUGGCUUUUGUGAAAACGAGGAGAAAAGCAAAUCUGUGGCCAAGUCAGUGCCUGUAUUCAUAGAGGAAGUUGAUAGGUUUUUGAUUCGUAAGGGCAUCAAAGGUUACAGGGAGAAUGGGGUUGACAGGGAUGAUAAAUCAGUCGUGAUAGAAUGGUGGAGCAGGCUCAAUAAGCCAAUGGUUAAAUUCAGCAACACACACAAUGCUGGAGGAACUCAGCAGGUCAGGCAGCAUGUGUAGAAGUGACUGUGUAGAUGGUCGACAUUUCAGGCUGAAUCCUGUCUUCAGGACUGAGAAGGGUCUCUGCCCAAAAUGUCAACUAUCUAUUCAUUUCCAUAGAUGCUGCCUGACCUGCUGAGUUCCUCCAGCAUUUUGUGUGUGUGUGUUUGCUUUGGAUUUCCAGCAUCUGCAGACGUUCUCAUGUUUAUGGCCUAAUUCUGCUUUGUCUUUAUGAUCUUCAUCCAAGUUGUUUCACUCCAUUUGAUGUCAGAAAUGGCUGAGAGCAUUGGGUACUGCAAAGGCUACAGGGCCAGAUAAAGCCCUAGCUGUAGAACUGAAAGCCUGUUCUCCAGAAAUCACACAUUUGGUUAAGCUAUUCCAGUACAGGACUGGCAAUUUCCCUAAAGUGUGGGAAAUUGCUGUGUUGUUAUCUUCAUGAAAAAUAGGACAAAUCCAAUCUGAACAAUUGGUGCCAAAUCAGUUUAUUAACAAAGUGAGGGAGCGAUCACUGAUAGUGUAUCAAUUGACACUAACCAAUAACCUGUUCAUGAUUUGGCACUUUGUCUGUUUGGCUCUAAACCUCACACAUCCUUAGUCCAAAUGUGGAGAGAUGAAAAAGUUUAAUUUCAAAGGUAAGGUGAACGUGAUUGCUCAUGACAUCAAUUUGACCAAGUGUGGUAUCAAGGAGUGCAGCAUCAAGCGGAAGAACAAACACUGGAGUUAAUCUCAGCUAUGUACUUUAAGAACCUUGUAUGAAAAAAAACUAUCUGGCUGGAGGGCAAGUCAUUCCCAUUGCUUUUUGUACAGAAACUGAUUGUAUCAAUUUUGAUCUCAGCCCCUGCUCAAAUCAGUUUUAUUUUUGGACCAACAUGGUCUUCCUCUAAUGUAAGCUGUGAUGAAAGCAAUUAUUUAAUGUAGAACAGGAAGUGAAUCAUAAACAAAAGUGCUGUAUUGCCCAUAACAUAAAUUGCUGUUGGAAAAGUGCCAGCCGUUGUCUGGUUGUUGGUGUGCAAAUUUGUAAAUCAUAACACUUUAGAGUGUGGUCCAAGUAUUUUUUGACACAACAAAAACAGUUAAUAUCUGCCAUUACCACCCUUUCGUUCCAAAAAAAAAUGUCCUCCCUCAUGGAAGUCUGAGGUAAUAUUAGUUAGUAUGAAAGCAGAAAACAAAAUUAAGUAAAUGACUUGCAUGCUUUAUUUACCUGUUGCAUUAUAGAAUGCUUUCUGUAGAUUAUAUAAAUCUUUGAGAUAUGUUGCCCUCAGUGUUACUGUGUCACUAAUAUUAAUUUGUUGACAAAUAAA